AUGGGUCGCGCGGCGCAGACUAUAUCCUUUGCCCUUUUGGUUUCUUCGACAUACCUUCUACUCGUCCUCCCACUACUGACGGACGACUCGCCCAUUCCGUCGAUUCUGCCAACAAAGAUUCAAGUGGAGAUUAUUCCAGUCCUCCCGUUCUGGGCGGUCAUCACGCUCGGCACAUACCUGCUAGGACGACUAGGUCUUGGAGUCCUACAAUUCAACGAUACCGAAGAAGCAUACAAGGAGCUAAUGGGGCAAAUCGAAGGAGCCAAGAAGAACCUGGAUAAAAGAGGCGUUUCGUGGACCUAG